GGACCACGUCAACGCGGCUGUUAACAGCCAGAGGUGCGCAAAGACAGAAUUCUCUCACGGUGCGCUCCCUCUUCUCCCCUGCCUUCUUCCUUCCUGUUCUUCCUCUUGUUCUUCCUCUUUCCUUCCUAAGUGGAGGAGAGAGGGAUUCCCCGCCAUGCAUAAACCCAGGGGUGGGCACGGCCCCCCCCAGGAGGACAUCUACGACUUUUCUCUGGAGGCCGAUGAAGACCCCAAAAUCUUCCUCCGCGGGGGGACGAUGGGGAGGGCGUCCCCCUUGGCCGAGUACAUUCGGACCGAGCACCAUCAGGGAGGCCUCUACAGCCUGCCCCCGCUGGGCCCCUACGAGCGCCCCAGCGGGGACGCCGCCAUGGCCACCGUCGCCAUGGCAGCGGCGGCGGCGGCUGCCGCGCAGAAGAAGAAGCGCAAGAGGUGCGGCGUGUGCACGCCCUGCCUGCGCGUGGAGAACUGCGGCAGCUGCAGCAACUGCAUGAACCGCAAGGUGGGGCACCAGAUCUGCAAGCUGCGCAAGUGUGAGGUGCUGAAGAAGAAGAGCGGCAAGGAGACUGUUUCAGGGCGGGGUUCAGUGGAUGGCCCCAGAAGAAGACAGCAGAUGGACACCGGGUCACAUGAUUGCCUAGGGGACGGCGCACUGAGCCAAGGACUGACCAAUGGGGCGAGCAGGCGCCCUGACAAAGAGGAGGCGGCGGAAGCCGGAAACGGGUGCGCCUGGGGUCCCGGGCAGGCCAAGGCCCCUCUAGAGCACCUUCAGCAGCCCUGCUGGGGCGAGGCGGACAUCGAGGACGCCCGGAACCUGGUGGCCUUCUCCGCCAGCGCCGGCGCGCUUCCGGCCUCCGGCCACCGGGGGGAGCUGUCCCAGGCCGCGCAGCAGCUCCGGACGCACACCGCGCAGCUGUACGAGAAGUUCAACCAGGAGAUGGGCGGCAGAGACGGAGCGGGGGUGGGGGCGGGGUCAGGGCCGGUGGGCGGGGCCUCCGAGGGGCAGCACUGCAGCCAGGAGGACCUGAGCACCCUGCAGACGGCGCUGAACCAGGCCCGACACGGCCACAAGCCGCCGAACUGCAACUGCGACGGGCCCGACUGCCCCGACUACCUGGAGUGGCUGAAGAAGAAGAUCAGACAGGCCGCCGACGGGCAGGGCGCGCCCGGGGAGCUCCGCCCCCCUGCUCCUUCUUCACAACCUCAGCUCAACGGGGCCAGCCUCUCGCCACCGCCUCCCCGGGCCCCCGGCCCUCACCAGCAGGGGCCCCUUCAUAGCGGCCACGCCCAAAUCCCCUGCUCCCCCGCCCCCAUCCCCUGCUCCCCCAGCGUCCUCUCCAUCGCCAAGGAGAAGAACAUCAGCCUGCAGACCGCCAUCGCCAUCGAGGCGCUGACCCAGCUGUCCGCCACCGUGCCCCAGCCCAUGGUGCCCCCUGCGUCCACCUCCUCGUCCGGCCACCUCCACCACCAACACCACCAUCACCACCACCCUCCCCAGCCCCAGCUCGGGACGCGCCUGAUCCCGUCCUCCCCGUGUCCUUCCCCGUCCCCCUCCGCCUCCCCCCUGCCCCAGUCCGUCUACCCCCAUCAGGACCCCUCGUACUGGGACCAGCACCACCGCCCCCAGUCCCGCUCGGAGUCCUCCCCUCACCCCUCUUCGGCUUCCCCCUAUCCCAGCCCCCUCCCCCCGUCGGCGGCCGGCUGCGACAGGGCCUCCCCCCGCAGCGCCUGGAUGGGGCCCAAUUCGGAGCCCCACCCCCGCCUCCCGCCCCACGCCGGGGGCGACCCCAUGUCGGAGCUCAAGCAGCUCCUGGGCGACACCAGCGGGAAGUACGCCAACGCCUCCUUCAAGUAUCCCGCCCCCCUGAAGGACAAGGGCGUGGCCGGCGGCCCGGGCGUGGCCCACAUCAAGCAGGAGGUCGACCUGGGCGACUACCCGGGCUCGCCCUGCGCCGCCUUCGCCCGCUACGGGCUGGCCAAUGGGCAGCAGCCGCCGCCGUACCCAGGACCCCUGUCGCCGGGCAGCCCCGCCAUCCGCCACCAGACCCAGGCGGCGCUGCAGCACCACCUCCACCACAAGCGCAACCUGUUCGCCGUCGGCCCCGGCCUGGCCGCCAACCAGUACCGCCCCCACGCCGCCCUCCAGGACCUCCGCAAGUGGUGGCCCCAGGCCAGGGGCCCCGAGGGGCCCGUCCUGAUCAAGCAGGAGCCCAAGGAGCCCAAGAAGAAGAAGAGCGGGGCCUCUCCGUCCCUGAAGCAGCAGCUGCAGAUGCAGGGGGCGGGGCUCUACCCCCAGCUGGGCCCGCCCCCGCCCAAGCCCAAGCAAAUCAUCAUCAAGAAGCCCAAGCAGCGGGCGUCCCAGCCCACCUUCCUGCCCCAGAGCCAAAUUCUCAUGCAGAAGCCGGCUCCACCCGGUCGCCCGGACGACGGCGCCGCCCGGCCCCUCGCCCUGUCCGUCACGGAGCCCCUCCCCCUGCCCCUCCCCUUCCCGCUGCCCCCCCGCGGCUCUCCUCAGGCUGACCCGAGCUGCGCCGCUCCAGCCCUUUCUCAGGAAUCUGUUUCCAACGGUGCUUUGGCUCCUCCCACCACCGCCCCGAGCCCCGCCCCCGCCGCCGCCCACGCCCUCGCCGCCCCCGAAAGCGCCGCCCCGGCCUCUGCUUCCGUCCCCUUCCCUCCCUGCUCGGUCCCGCCACCCCAAAUCGACCAAGAGACCUCGGGACCCCCGGCGGGGACGCAAGAGGACCCCCCGGCGUCCAAAGCGACGGCCCCCUCCUCUCUCGCGGGCCUGGGCUCCCUGGACCCCAAAUUCGAGGAGCUGAUCCGGCAGUUUGAGGCGGAGUUCCCGGCUCCCAGCCCCCAGACGCAGGCGCCCCCCGCCGAGCCGAUGGAGGCCUCCCCGCCCCAGCCCACCGAGGGAGCCCCCCUGCAGAACCCCGACCCCAACUCAGGACCAGCCAGCCCCCCGGCACACCCCCUCGAUCCCCCCGCCCCAGCGGCCGCCUGCGAAGCCAUGGAGCUCGGGGAGAGCGCGGAGAGCAGCCAGAAAGAGGGGCCGCUCGCCACCCUCGCCCCACCCUCGCAGGACGGCUCGACGCAAGCAGAGCAAGGGGCGGAGACGGGGCGCGGCGGAGGGCCCGAGGGGGCCGUCUGCCCCCCGCCCCCGCCCGCACCCCCGACCCAGGAGGCCCUCCUGCAGCUGCAGCAGCACCGCGUCCUGGAGGACCCCUUCACCGCCCCCUUCUCCCCCCUCCCCAAACGCAUGAAGAUCGAAACGUCCGGGGGGCUGGCCGUCCUCUCCACCACUGCCUGCCUCUCCAUGGACACGCCCACCAAGGAGGGCCCGCCCGCGGCCCCCUCCCUGCGCGGCUUCCUGGAGUCGCCCCUGCGCUACCUGGACACGCCCACCAAGAGCCUCCUGGACACGCCCAUCAAGACCGACGAGGACUUCCCGUCCUGCGACUGUGUGGAGCACAUCGUGGAGAAGGACGAGGGCCCGUACUACAACCACCUGGGCUCGGGGCCCACUGUGGCCUCCAUUAGAGAGCUGAUGGAGAGCAGGUACGGAGAGAAGGGAGAGGCCAUUCGGAUCGAGAAGGUGGUCUACACCGGCAAGGAGGGGAAGAGCUCUCAGGGAUGUCCCAUCGCCAAGUGGGUGAUUCGUCGUGCCAGCGAGGCGGAGAAGCUGUUGUGCCUGGUGCGUCCUCGCGUCGGGCACCGCUGCGCCAACGCCAUCAUCAUCAUCCUCAUCCUGGCCUGGGAGGGCGUUCCGCGGGCGCUGGGGGACAAGCUGUACCGGGACAUCACCGACACGCUCACCAAGUUCGGCAACGCCACCAGCCGCAGAUGCGGCCUUAACGAUGAUCGUACCUGUGCGUGUCAGGGAAAGGAUCCUAACAAAUGUGGAGCCUCCUUCUCCUUCGGCUGCUCCUGGAGCAUGUACUUCAACGGGUGCAAGUACGCCCGCAGCAAGACCCCCCGCAAGUUUCGGCUGCAAGGAGACCACCCUAAAGAUGAGGAGAAUCUCAGGGACAAUCUACAGAACCUGGCCACGGGAGUGGCCCCCCUGUAUAAGCAGCUGGCCCCCCAGGCCUAUAGCAACCAGUGUGCCCAGGAGCAGACUGCCUCGGACUGCAGGCUCGGGCUGAAGGAGGGGAGGCCAUUCUCCGGGGUCACGGCCUGCAUGGACUUCUGCGCCCACGCCCACAAGGACCAGCACAACCUGCACAACGGCUGCACGGUGGUGUGCACCCUAACGAAGGAGGACAACCGCGUGGUGGGCCAGAUCCCGGAGGACGAGCAGCUGCACGUGCUGCCGCUCUACACCGUCGCCACCACCGACGAGUUCGGCUCCGAGGAGAACCAGCGGCGCAAGAUGGAGAGCGGCGCCAUCCAGGUGCUGCGCAACUUCCGCCGCGAGGUGCGCAAGCUGCCCGAGCCCGCCAAGUCCUGCCGCCAGCGCCGCCUGGAGGCCAAGAAGGCCGCGUCCGAGAAGCGCAAGGGCCCCAAGCAGAGGGACACGCCCGAGAAGACCGUCAAGACCGAAGCGGGCCAAGUCGAGUCCCCUCACCUGCAGCAGGAAAACAAGGCAAUCCCCAAACAGGAAGUGAAACCCACCAUUAAGAUUGAGAACAAGGAUCCCAGGUACCAGGCCUUCAACGGGGCCCUGGACGGCUACGCGUCGCUAGGGAAACGGCAGGCGGCCGACCCGUACAGCAUGAGCAACGUCUACUCCUACCCCGGUUACUAUGCAAGGAGUGGCCUUCCACCCAACGGCCAGCCUCCCGCCCCCGGCCCGGCCCCCGGCCCCGCCCACAGCCCCAUCAACGGCUUUCACCCCAACCUUUCCAGGGUGCCCUACGGCUACUACAACUACCCCGCCAGCGCGCUCUUCCCGCCCCAGUUCCUCGGCUACGACAGCCGAAACGGGGCGUGGCCCAAGUCGGCGGCGGCGGCGGCCUCCGCGGACAGGAAGCCGGACGUGCAGAGCCUGCAGGCCAGCCUGGCACACUCGUACCCGCACCACCCCGACCAGCAGCAGCCCGCGCCGGGCUACCAGUCCCCCGCGCCCCCGCCCCGCCCCCAGACCGCCCCGGCGGACUCCGCCCGCAGAGCCACGCCCGUGAUCAAGCAGGAGCCCGCGGACGCGCCCCCGUUCCCCGACUGCAGGGGGGAGGGGCUGCCCCCCCAGCGCUGCGUCUCCACCGGGCCCCUCCCGGCCCACCAGGGGGAGGGCUGGCCCGCCCACAGGCUGAACGGGAGCUUCGGCCCCGAAUCCUGGGACGCCUCCACCUGCGCCCCUGGCAAGCAGCAGGUGCCCCCACAUCAGCGCCCGCACCACCCCCACGCCCAGCAACAGUGGAACUCCUUCCAGGGGGCGAACAUGCCCCAGGCCUCCCCCGCCCCCUCGCCGUCCCCCUCCCUAAACCACGCCCCCUCACCGUCCCCCUCCCCCCACCUCCCCGUCACCCCUUGCCACUGGGGCAGCCCCUCUCCGGCCAAACCGUGGGGCGGGGGCCCCGCGGGGGGGUACACCCCGGGCCUGAGCCACGGUGGCGGGCCGGCGGGGGGCUUCCCCGGCAAGCUGUGGUGCAAGGCUGGGGAGGGCCGGUGCUCCACGCCCCUGGGGCUCCAGGAGAAGGCCUGGAAGUCGUGCGGGGGCUCGGCGGCGGGCUGCACCCCGUCCCAAACGCCCGAGGGCCGGCUCUUCCCCGACCCCUUCCAGCAGUCGGAGGCGGCGCAGGCCUGCUGGGCGCCGGGCGGGGCCCCGGAGGAAGGGGCGGGGCACGGGGGCAGGCCCCGGGAGCCGGAGGAGGAGGAGGAGGAGGAGGUGUGGUCGGACAGCGAGCACAACUUCCUGGACUCCAGCAUCGGCGGCGUGGCGGUGGCGCCCGCCCACGGCUCCAUCCUGAUCGAGUGCGCCCGGCGGGAGCUGCACGCCACCACGCCGCUGAAGAAGCCCGACCGCAGCCACCCCACCCGCAUCUCCCUCGUCUUCUACCAGCACAAGAACCUCAACCAGCCCUGCCACGGCCUGGCCAUCUGGGAGGCCAAGAUGAAGCUGCUGGCGGAGCGGGCGCGGCAGCGGCAGCAGGAGGCCGCCCUCCUGGGCCUCUCCCUCGACGACGUCAAGGCCUACGGCAAGAAGCGCAAGUGGGGCGGGGCCGCGGCGGCCGCGGCCGCGGGAGGGGGCGGAGCCGGCGCCGCCCAGGACAGGAGGCAGGGCGUGGCCACGCGCCAGGCCCCCGCCCGUCUCACCAACACGGUCGUCACGGCGGCGCCCUACGCCUUCACCCAGCUCACCGGGCCUUACAGCCGCUGGGUCUGAGCGGGGGGGUGGGGGGGUGGGGGGCGGAGCCACAGACUCAAAGAGGAGGGAGGGCGCCUCUCUCCCUCCCUCCCUCCUUCCCCCACUUCCUCUUUUCUUCCGGGUCUUUUUCCAUCGCCCCCCCCCCUUUGCUUGAGCCACCGUCACUCGAUUCACCAGUCUGAGGGGGGAGGGGAAGAGAUCGGCGGGGUGGGUUGCUUUUUUUCCAUUUCUGUUUUUUUAAAAUAACAGUUUAUUAUUUUUUUUUUCUUCAUUUUUUUUUACCUCAAAUUUGGCGGCAGUUUGGGACUCCCCCCCCCGACGGACUAGCUGCCUGUGGUGCUGUUUCUCUCUCUGGUUCCUCUCCUUAAUACAAUAAUGAUCCUAAUUAUUAUUAUUACUAUUAUUAUCAAUAUUAUUAUGAUUGUUAUUGUUACUGUCAAUGUUGUUAUUACUGGUAUUGUUAUUAUUAUAAUGAGGAUGAUUUUUUUGUUAAUAUUGCUUUCUUUAAUGUUAUUAUUAUUAUUAUUAUAUUUUUGGGGGGAGAGGAAAGGCUCUCCUCUCUUCUCCCCUGCCCAUGAAUCUGGAAACACGGUGUUUUUUUUUUAUUUUUUAUUUUUUCAUUUUUCUAAAUUUCCUUUCUACUUGGAGACGGGGCUCUGGACUACAACCAACCGACGAUUACCCCAGCUGUGUGCGGUCAGAGGAGCAGGGGGCGUGUCCCCACGACAGAGGCAGACAAGCAGGAGGGACUGAAACAUCAACAUGGACUCUCUCAUUUCCAGCACUGAGGCGCUUUUUAAAGUCUGUUUUGCUGACGGGUUGAUUCUUCAAUAAUUGGACAGAAAAAAAAACAAGAAAAUAUUGGAGGAGGGGCCCUCCUCCCCCCGGCUGGUAUUUCCUGGGAGUGGGACCGAGUGUGACUGGUCUAGCCCCCUCCCCCCAAAAUAACCAGAGGAAAUGCCCUACCCCCCCCCUUGCCCUGCCCUGCCCUGCCCUGCCCCGCCCCGCCCUGCCUGGUCACAGCCUCACUCUCAGCCUCUCCACUGGUGCUUCUCAUUUGUCUUACGUCAGACGGGUGUCUCAGCUUGCCGCGCUUGGUUUCUCCAUCUCCACGGCGACGCGCGCAGCAGCGGGUCCCUGGAACCCAGGUCUUUCCUGCAGAGCACUGUGGGAUACCACUUUGCGUGCACACGCCUGUCUCAUGUGCAAUGGUGCUGAUGUGGUCCCAUCUCCCACAGUCCCUGUCCCGCCCUUUAACACGCAGACGUACGCGCACGCACACACACACACACACGCACACACACACACACACACACACACACAGGCAGACAGACCCUUGUCAUCGCACGCAGAGCCACGCCUUAUCGCUUCAGCGUACAGAACGCUCCACCCCCCCCCAUCCACCCCCUCCCAAGCUUCGCCGUUUUGGGUGGUGUGUCAUUCGGACAGGAAGCGGACUCGCCGCCGUGCCGCGUGGUGCUUUUAGGCGCAGGACCGUGUGCCUUAGCCAGGGGGAGUCGGGUGGGCAAGGACAGACGGACGGAUGGACGGACGGACGGACAGAGGGGCCCGGCUGGUCUCUGUACUCUCACAGUUACACACAGCUUCCCCCCAGACCCCUGUCCCCAGUCCCCCAGUCUCCUGUCCUGCCACACACCACGUACUCUGGUGCUUUUUCUUUUUGGGGUGCUGGAACUCCCCUUCAUGGCACAAACGACGGUGCUACUUUUGUACCCUAAAACAUCCACGCCCCUUCACUGCUGGUGCCACUCCCCAUAGGCACAGACAGGGGUGCCACAUUAACACCCCAAAAACAUCUCUGGCCUGUGCUGACACCACCUACUAAACCACCUGCAUGAACACCGGUGCCUCUUUUGCACCCCAAACAUUAUUAUGCCUUCACUAGAGCCCACACUCGAGGUACACAUCCUUCUCACAUGCUGUCAUUGCAGCUGAAGCUUCCAAUGAUAUCCCUGCACACCCCGUCCAAUAAUGCGUCAGCCACAAGUCGGGCAGCCAAUCAGGAAAGCCUUUCAGAGACGCUGCAGUAUAGUUGCCUGUGGUGCGUGGCAUUAAUGAGACGGGUUUCAGAUGAACUGCAAAUCCCAGCAAGCAUUGCAGCCCUCUCGGGCUGGAGCUGGACAGCCCCUGGCUCAGGCUGAAGAGUUUUUGGCUGGGGAUUGUAGUCACUUGGGCCAGAUAGUGAGCGCAUAGCUGAUGAACAGAAACGGAGCGAGGUUUGAGAGAACCGGGCCAAGUGCAGCGGCGAAAAUGACACGUCAGUCCAGAUAAAGACCGCUCCCUUCUCACAAGCCGUGCCCACAUCCCUGAUAGGUCGCUACUAUCAGCCCUUUUGCACUUAAUUUGGCCCUGCCCCCCCUCCCGUUCCUCCCCAAAUAUCUUUCUGUAAGCACCUAUUGAAACUUCACCUCCCCUGAUAAAAUGAAGCUCUUAUGCAAAGGCACUGUAACGCGAGGCUGGGGAACCCCCGUUCCAGGAGUGCCAUGAUCCGUUCCUGGAUUUCACGCCAGCAUCCGCUUCUAAUUGCGUAAUGAACUCACUUAUCAAUGUGGCGUGCCGUUUUUUUUUUUUGUUGUUUUUUUUUUUUGCUGUAUUCACUGAUAAGCUCAUGAAUGACAGCUGAAAGCUGUUCUAUGUGAAUCACCGCGGCCCAGUCCACAAGUGAACCGGCGUUGACGUUCUCAGCUAUUUCAGCCAGGGCGACUGGUGAAAACAAAGAUCUGGCGUGGCAUUCCGGAACCGUGGUUCCCCACCUCCGCUUUGAAAGUGGCUCUUAGCGGUCUGGACCAGAGCGCUUCUCCUUGUGUUGGUCCUUUUCUGUUUUCUGUACUGUGCUGACCUGGGACAGUCUGCCCUCUCUCUCCUCACUUCCACACAGGGUGCAAUGCCCCCUCUCCGCCACUCGAGAUGGGGUGGCGCUGCUGUUCACAUCUUUCAUUUGCGGUGUGCAAAACUGCAGCAUGGCCCUUCAUCAAAGCUCUUAGCUGUGUGUGUGUCUGCUAUGGAGAGCGCACAGGGCUGAACCUGGUUUACUGUGGGCCAGAAACUGCUUGGUGCUCAAAGCUGAUUGGUGCUGGUGCUUUUCAAGAGGUCAGGCUUCCUAUACCUCAUGUAAUAGAGACACUGGUCACAGUCAUAGCAUGCUACAAACACAUGGGGGCGACAGAGAGCCGCGAACGGCAUCUGUCCUUCUUCCCAUGUGCUUGCUGCCUAUACAUAAAUCAUAAUCUACAUUUGUUUUGGAUUAUUAUUUAUUAUAUUAUAAUGAUGAUUAUUCUUAUUGUUAUUGUGAUUGUUGUCUUUUUUUGGGUUUUUAUUGUUUAGUUUUACCUAAUACAAAUUGUAAAUACAAAAGAAAAGAUUUUAUAAAAGCACUUUUAAUCUUGAUUUUAAAGGAAAAAAAAAAGAACAGAUUAUUGACAACUUGAAACCUAGUUUUUGUUUUCAUGGAAUUUUAUCGGGAGAGAUGAAAAUGUAAAUAUUUAAUAUUUAGGUAAGAUUAUUUAACUGGAGAGGGAUAAUGACUAAAUCCUGAGUGAUUCUGGGAUUUUCCGUCUACAGUUGUCAGUGUGUUGAACCCUUAGCAGCAAAAGACAACACCUCAUUCCAGUGUGUUGUGUCCGAAUGUGUAUACUUAAUACUGAUGUCCUGCUCUAUAUAAGUACUGUACUACAUCAAUACCUCUUCAACAGGAACCAGCCCCUUCCCAUAAGAACCGAUUCGAUUAAUCUGUCCUUUUUGGAGAUUUCACACAGUUAAGAAUAAAUAAUGAUCUCAAAUCGGACGAGAAACAAUGAGCAUUAACACACACAGGCAGGUUCCCAUCGAGAAGUCGCAGUGCUUGAAAUGGAGUAAAUCGGUCUUUUGUGUGCUAAGACUGUCCCCAGAUACGGCAAAAUCAAUCACGAGGUCGGAAAUAAUAUUAAUACAACAGCAUUCACAAAGACCAUUCGUUUUCCACACUAGAGUUUCUUCAAUGUCCACUGAAAAUCCCUGGAAGUUCACAAUUUGUCUUUCGCUAUUUUUGAACGCUUCGGGCAGACGUUGUUCGUCCGUCGUGACCGGCCUGACGACAGAAAGAACACGGAAUGUGCUGGUUUCUUUGCCUUGCUUAUCGUUUCCUGUUCAAAGCCCCUCCUUUCUCUCAAAACAAAACUAACUAGAAUCAAGAGGCAUAGUUACUUUGAUUCAGUGUCGAUCAUGAUAAUGAUAAUAAUUGGUGCUGGUUAUAUUUAUUAACUUUUUAAAUGUGAAAUUUCUUUAUAAAUCCAAAAAAAAAAAAGAAAAAAAGAAAAUGGUGGAGAUGGAUGGAAGAUCAUGUUCAUUCUCGAUUUUGCUCUUAUUUCUUGUCCUGAGGUUGUUGGGACUCAUGGUGCUACCCCUGAAUUCACUGUGGAAUUGUGGGUAGGAAUCGGUUCUAUCUAGAAGCGAUCGGCGGGUUUUCUUUUCGAAGCUCGUGCCACAACGCUGGAGUGAUACAAAGAAGACCAAUCUUUUUUUAGAAAGUGGGGAAACUAUGGUGCUGACAAAGAAAUUGAAAUUGUCCAUUAAAAAAAACAAUUGUGUGAUUAACAUUUGUAGUGACUAGAGUUGGAUUGGCCUAGUGGUGUGGUAUUUUAAGGCAAGUGAGCUAAAAAAAGAAAAAAAAGAAAAAAGAAUUUAAACUGUGAAGAGAAAGCACUUGCAGAGUUGCAAAUUAUUUAAUCUCCCCUCCCCACACACUCCACAGUCCAUCCCCUUUAAGUAAAUCAUUGUGGUAGUCAAUCACUUUUAAACAGGUAAAACAUAAUUUUUAGAAUUAUGAACACAUUGGCAUUGAAGUAAAGACUGUUAACUCAGCCUCCUGUACAGUGUAUGGUCCUGAAACUGGUUGUAAUUGCCCUCUGAACAUACUGUCCAGUUAUACUGUGAGGGGAUAGAGGGUCAAAGCACUGCAGGUGUUUAUUUCUAUAUUUCACUCUCACCUCCCCAACACACACACACACACACACACACACGUGCAUGCACACACACAUGCACGCACACACACACACACUCACACACGCACAAAGCGUGCUAUGUCCCGUCCACAGUGCUAGUUCCAAUUGAGUUCCUGCAGCAAUUUUUUAAAAACUGGUUGAAUUAAGCUUGGAAACUAAUUAAGUGCUGACCCUAUCCAUAGCAACAACCACACAAAAACAAAAACACAAAUAAAAAGCAAAACAUAACAAGAAAGUCUAAAAAAAAAAAAGACAACUGGCAGCUACAUUCCUUUUAUGAGUUUAAGAUUGAUCUUGGUUCUUUUUUUUCAUGUCAAGUAUGCAGUAUGUACAAAAGUGUUUUUUCAGUCUCUCUCUCUUUGUAGCUGUAAGGUGUAUUAUGUGAAUACAUAGUGUAUGUGGUACAACCCACAAUAUUGUUUUAUGUUCUGAGAUAAUAAAGAAAUAAAAAACAAUAAAAAUGAAGAAACAAAAAUAAACAA